AUGAAAGGAGACAAUGGAUAUCUGAAAGGAGCAUCUGGAGGAUCUGUAGAUCUGAAAGCCCAGGCCCUGGUGGUCACCAAAAGUUGGCAUCAUGUCGAGAAUUCGUUGUUAGAAACUGGCUCCAAGGGCUGUGACUCGCCUGGUUGGCAUGCAGAGGACAUUGGAAAGCGGAUAACUGCAAAUGCAACGCCUUUCAAACGCCCCAAGGCAGGUCCCCGAUGGGGCACUGUUCCCCAGAGUAAGACCUGCAAGGUCACUGAAUCCCUCAGUGGUCUACGAAUGAAAGGGGGAUCUGCCCUGGGCACCAAGACAGCCCAGGCCAAAGCCGCUCAAGCACUGGCCAAAGUUGUUUGUGCCCAGGCCAAGGUGUCCCGGCCACAGCCUAAGACUCCCUCAGCCAAGGUGGCUCAGAAAAAGGCCAAGCCAUCCCAGGCUAAGGUGACUAAGGCCCGGGCCAAAGCCAAGGCCGCUCAAGCCAGAGCUAAGGGCAAGGCCAAGGCGGUACAGACCAAAGCCAAGGCGGCACAAAUCAAGGCCAAGGCAGCACGGGCCAAGGCCAAGGUGGCACAGGUCAAGGCCAAGGCGGUGAAGAUCAAAACCAAGGCCAGGGUGAUCCAGACUCAGCUUGAGAGCAGAGGCAAGCCCAAGGGGUCUGUUCAGGCCCAGACUGUGCAAAGGUGUCAGAGAAACCCCCCUGAGGCUGUGGGACAGAAGAGGAAAAGGGCCCAGGAGGCAAAGGAGCUGCUUCCCUGUAAGAGAACACAGCUUGGGCCCCGCUCCCCUAAGGCACGACUUGGUCCUCGCAUAGCAAAGCCUCUGAAAUUCUGGGCCAUCAAGGUUGACCGGUGGUCCUCGGAUGAUGAGGUGCGACAGCAGACUCAGCGUAUCCUCCGUGUGAAUCUGUCUCCAGUGAUACAGCUCCAGCCCCUGCAGCUGCCUUCGGCACCCGGAGUGCCUCACCCAGCAAUGUUUGGGGAGACUUGA